CCAAGCAUUAAGGUGAACUAACUCAUUCCCUACUUAUGAAACAUAGGAAUUGGGCAUUGAACAGGUAAGUUUAACAGCAACCGAGAGAAUUGUCCGACCGUCGAGACUGUUAAUGAGGUAAGAUUGUAUUGAAAUCUUUGGCAGAAAGUUAUUGUAGUGUUCUCACAGCAGACUAACAUAUCAUUGGUUUGUAGGGUACUGCUAGAAUCGGAAUAGAGUUCUUAGCUGAGGAUCUCUGUAAAACUUGCAUUAAAAUUGCCCAUGACAACCUUUCGUGAGAAUGUGGUGAUUUCAUUGUAGGAUUAAGAAGCCUUAAGGUUGGUUGAAUAUCAGGGUUAUUGAUGGUCUUACGAACGCACGCAAAAUGACACUGAGUUGUUAUUUAUCUGCGCAACAGCAUCUCUUGAUCACUUCUCUGAAUCUCUUUAGUUACUAUCUUGGUGAUUAAGUGCUGAGUAGAAGAUGACGAAUCAUUUUCAUGUUCGGAUUGACUGGGUGGCGUGUUAAACUACACAGGGAAAAAUUGCGGCAUCGGACACUAUCAUUAUCUAGGUAACCAGACUUAGUUCGAUAGCCAUGAUGGACUCCAGGAAUUGUCCACCGCCUGCUUUCGCGAGGCCAAUUUACCCAGAGGAUUUCAACAACCCUCUGGAAGUUGUGCAAGACUCGACCACGACCCAAGCUUAUUUUCAGGCUACCGAGAGUACCCGCCAUUUCUACCCAACACGGAGCCCAAGACGGAGUCCGGGUAGGAGUCCUCACCGUUCCGAAGGACGGCUCUCGAGAUCGGAAGAGGAAGUUGCACGCAGCGCAGUAGCGAAGAUAAUUUUCAAAGGAAGAAGCUUAGUAGAGCAUCACUUGCGAUCCUUUAAUGAAUUCAUGGAAUAUGGUUUACCAGCCAUGUUUGAGGAGGCUGGCAGUUUCGACUGCAUUCCGGAUCACUCCGUCCUGGUGGAUUCCGGGAUUGGAGUGCGGAAGUGGGCUAGAAUUGUGUAUGGAGAAGUUGCGGUAGGGAAGCCAUACACUACUUUCACCCGAGAAGGAGUAAAGGAGGUUGUGGAUCUAUUGCCUCACGAAGCUCGACUUCGAAAUCUGUCGUAUUCGGCUCACUUGUAUGUGAACAUGACACUGGAGGUUUACGAAAACAGGGGAAACAAGAAGACGCAAAAUCCGGAGGAUAUGAUCGAAACAAAAACUGAUACAAUUUGCGUCGGGAAAGUCCCGGUCAUGGUGAACUCAAGUUUCUGCCACCUUCACGGACUUUCUGAGAAGGAUUCGGUUGCGAAAGGACACUGUUCAUUCGAUGAUGGGGGUUUCUUCAUCAUCAAGGGUUCGGAGAAGGUGUUGAUCGCUCAAGAGGAAAAGGCGCACCAGAGUAUUUACGUGAGUUACUUGAAGAGGACAGAUACUUGGAUAGCGACGUACUCGCCUACAUGGAGAGGCUUCAAUUCGAAUCAAAUGAAUCGAGGAAAAACUUUUGUAAAGCUUCGGAUGAGAAAGAAAGCCGAGUUGUUGGUGGGAGUACCUGGCCUCACGGAACCAGUACCCCUUGUCAUAUUAUUCAGAGCCCUCGGAACAUCUUCUGACAAGGAAUUCCUUGAGAGCAUCUGCUACGACUCCACCGAUUCUCGGUUCCAUGACCUACUUCUUUCCUCAAUUUGGGACGCAGACCUAAUUUUGGAGGAAUUUCAGUCGAGAAUUUCAUACCCUGCUGGUGCCUCGGCAAUCAAGUCUGUGAGGGAUCAGAUUCUUUCGGUGAGGUUUCUUGGUACGAAGCUACGAAAUUCUAGGCAUGUGCCUUCCGUCGAGGCUGGGAAAACUAUCAUCGGGCAGCUUUUCGUACAUACGGAAGGAGGAUACACGAGGAAGGCAAUGCUGCUUGGAUACAUGGUGAAUCAGCUGUGCUCAACAUUCUUGGGGAGACGACUGGAAGAUGACAAGGACCACUUCAAAAAUAAGAGGCUUGAUCUCACGGGACAAUUGCUGAGCCACCAGUUUCGUAAGGCAAUGGCACACUUGGAGCGCGACGUGAAGAGACGACUCCAUCCUUACCUGGUGAAGGGCAGGGACUUGGCUCCUCUGAAAACAUACGUGACGGAGGCAAUCGUGACAAAGCAGAUGCAGAGCGCGUUCACCUUGGGCAACUGGAACACCAACGAGGGGUUGAAGAGCUCGGGUGUAGUUGCAGUUCUGAAAAGGAUGAACCCCAUGGCCACUCUAUCCCAUCUGCGACAAUUUCGACUGAAUCUGCCGCCGCCAAUGAAACCAACCGACCCCGCAAGACACCCAAACUACUCUUACUGGGGCAGGAUCUGUCCGACCCAGACCAGCGAUGGAGCGGAGUGUGGCCUUAUCAAAAGCUUGGCCCUAACCUGUGUGGUUAGCUCAGAUACGCCAGAGGAACCGGUGUUGCAUGUUUUGAGUGAUUGUGGAAUGCACUCUCUGGAAGAAAUUACUCCUCUUACAAUUUCAAUGGCAGAGAAGAUAUUUGUGAAUGGCCGCUGGGUUGGAAUCUUCUACGACUACAAUGCAACUCUCGCUAUUGUUGCUACUCUGAGGCAGCUACGCCGCGAACAGCUUCUUCAUGGAGAGAUUGAAGUAGCACGAGACCCCAAAACCAAAGCGGUGCAUAUUCACACAGAUGCAGGCAGAUUGCUUCGGCCACUUCUGAUUGUCAAAGAACAAAAGUUGGCCAUGUCGAAGCAGCAUUUGAAAACGCUUCGAGCUAUGUCCAAACAAGAGAGUGCUGAGGCUUGCUGGAAUUUCCUUUUGGAACAACAGGUGGUGGAACUCUUGGGCACGGAGGAGGAAGAGGGAGCACUAAUUGCUUUGAACCGAGAUGAUCUGGAACGAGCUCGGAAAGACCCGGAUGCUCCUCUGUACACCCACUCAGAAAUCGAUGUCUCCUACAUCUUUGGGUUGGGCGCCUCAGUGAUUCCGUUUCUGGAUCACAACCAAGCAUCUCGUAAUCUGUAUCAAGCGGAGAAGCAUUGCAAGCAGGCUAUGGGGUUCUACACCUCCAACUUAUCGGGCAGGUCGGACUGUUCUGGACACCAGCUCUUCUACCCCCAGAAGCCCCUCGUCACAACGCGCACAUGGGACUAUCUCAAGAAGCCAGAGAUCACAAAUGGCCAGGUUGCAAUUGUGAGCAUUCAGUGCUGUGGCUACAACCAAGAGGACUCCAUCAUCAUGAACCGAGCUUCCAUUGAUCGAGGCUUGUUUCGAUCGAUGCAUUUCAAAACUUACCGAGGAGAGGAGAGGCACAACGUCAUAGAGCAUUUUGCCAAGCCGAGUAUUUCCAUUGCAAAAAGAUCCAGGAAUGCAUCUCUAAAUAAAAUUGAUGAGGAUGGCUUUCCUCACCUCGGAGACUACCUGGAGAAAGGAGACAUCAUCAUUGGAAAAUUGACCGCUGAAAUGGGAAAUCCUAAGCUUGCAGACUCAAGCCAGCGGUUGAGAGCACACGAAAAUGGUCGAGUGGAUCAGGUGCUUCUAUCCAGCGAAGAGGAUGGACAUCGCAUUGCCAAAGUACGACUGAGAUGCUCCCGACGACCUCAAGCCGGCGACAAAUUCUCAAGCAUGCAUGGACAAAAGGGCGUUAUCGGAGCUGUUUUGAACCAAGAGGAUCUUCCCUUCACACGGCAAGGAGUUGUGCCGGACAUCAUCAUUAAUCCUCAUGCGCUUCCCAACCGACAGACAGUCGGACAGCUCCUGGAAAGCCUAUUAGGCAAAUUGAUGGCAGUUCGAGGCACCCAACAAUCUGUAGCCCCUUUCCAGAAACAAUCCGCAACUCGCAAAUUCAUGGAUCAGCUCCACCAGUCUGAAUACCAGAGAGGAGGCAGCGAGUCCAUGACCAACGGCACCACGGGGAUGAGACUCAACUCUCUCAUCAGCAUAGGAGCCACAUUCUACCAGCGCCUGGACCACAUGGUCGAAGACAAGAUCAAGUACCGGGGGAGUGGCGGUCCCGUGGACGCCCUCACGCGGCAACCAGUCAAGAACCGGAAGAACAUGGGGGGCGUCAAGUUCGGCGAAAUGGAGCGGGAUUGCAUGAUCGGCCACGGCGCUUCCGUCACUCUCCGGGAACGCUGCUUCCUCUUGAGCGACCCCUACGCAAUGUUGGUGUGCUCGUCUUGCCGGCGCCCUUCCGGUCACACCGACCCAUCUCGCCGACGUUUCUGCAAGUUUUGUUGCACCGGGAAACACGUCGUCCAGAUCCAAAUCCCUUACUCCUGUAAAUUGCUGUGGCAGGAGCUUCUCAGCAUGGGCAUCACUCUCUUCCUAGAAACGAAACUCUCUUGAGCUGAGCGCGCGCACACACACACACACACACACUAUACACAAAUCAAGUCUGCGAUGCCACAAGCUGGAAAUCAUGUUCUGGUAAAGUCAAAGGGCAUUAGACUCGCAGUUAUUUAGUAACCUACUGUAGCAGUUGCGAAACCGCUGAAAGGUUUGCAGCUUCAGAUGCCGCCGAAUCACUGGGAAGCACCGGAUGAGUAAUUGCUGUGAGGGUUCCCAGAUGUGUGGGAACUACGUGAUGUAUCCGUGAGGAAAAGUUGCACCACCUUCGAAGUUCUACAAUCCCAAGAGAAAGGUUCUGGUUCCACAGCAAGCCAUGUACUGUGCUGUACACACACCUCUCAAAAUUGCACUUGCUGGGAUAGAUCACCUUCACCCACGACGUAACAGCUACACUUUUAGAGAGCUGAAAAGGUGGUCAGAAGCAUGGAAUCUUCGACCAGCAAUUCCCAUAUUCGUCUGGUAAGUGGGGUUCUGUUUUGCUGCAUUGGGAUGCUGCGGCAGCUGUGACUUGGCACCCCACACUUCCAAGCGUACGGAUUGGAGGAUGCGACACGACUGUGGUUCUGUGGUUCAUGUCAUUUUGGACACUUUCAAGGCUGGUUUUAGUGGGUUUUGUGCCGAGUGCUUUGUGGACAAAUCGUGCGUGAGAUGACAAAUUUUGUUUAGGUUUAUGAGUGAGUUUAGAAUUGGAUUCCUUCGCAUGAAGUAAAGAAUAUAAAUAAACAAGUAAAUGUCAGAUGUAAACAAUACAAAUAAAUAAACAAAGACAUAUUUAUUAAUAUGUAUCUUUUUUUUUUC